CCGCCCAUCGGCUUGUCAGACAUAAUUCAACACCUUCGUCGCCGCCACUGCAGUGCAGGCCGAAACGCCGCACGCUGCCUCGCGUAGUUGCUGUUGCAGCCACUCACGCAUCGCCUGCCGCUUGACUGUGCAUUCCGCGAGCCAAUCGUCACCCCUGGCAUCCGCGCAGCAUCAGCACUUUUUGCUGCAUUGCUUCUGCCUGUCGCAAUAAUUUCCCUGUUUCUCCGCGACAUCCUACGCCGCCGUCCCACGCGACCACUGCGACCCAUCGCCGCGACACACCAUGGGCUACAACACUCGCCGCAAGUCUCUCUCGCUACCGUCGCUGGGCAUCGCGAUUCCUGGCGCGCCUCGGUCUGCGCGCUCACCGCCUUCGACCACCGACAUGCAGCAACCCGCGAAAAAGCAGAAGCGCUCGCACUCGGGGUCGAGCGCAUCGUCGCUGACCUCGCCGGCGAACACUCUCCCGCUGCGCGCCUUCGAUGAGCAGCGCCCCAAGAGCGCAGGGCGUCUGGCAGACACACCGCCACCUUCGCCCGGCGGCCAGUCCGGCCAGGCCAAGGUCGACACACAGGGCAUCGAUGACGAGAUCGUCGUCGGCGUCAUCGAGCAGCUCGAGAGAACGGGCAACCGCCCGCAUCUGCUCAAGGAGCUGGCGACUGUGCUGUCGCCGACCAUUCCCAUCGUCGAGAGCUCUGCAAACCCUGCCGCUAUCAUCUCCUCGCGAUUGGCCACCUACCUCAAGCGCACCUGGACCGCGCUCUCGAGAUGUCCCCUCGACAAAAAGCUAGUCGGCACCCACCCUAAGCGUGUCUACUACUUCCUCACCACCACGCCCCAUCAGCCGAUUCCUGCCGAUGGCACAAGCGGCGCAAUCAUGCCGCGCAUCGUCACUCCUUCCCUGUCCUCCGGUGCUUCCGAGGAAGAGGACAUGGAUGCGCGCGCGAGGGCCCGCAUGUCUCCCUCGCCAGAGCUGGAUUUGUCCGACUACGACGAAAGCGGCAGCGCGGAUCCCUUCUCAAGUCAGGUCCACCCCCCCACCAACGCAAACAUUUCGCACAACCGACGUGCCCAAUCUCCGCCGUUGGAGAAAGAGGAGCGCGAGUUCACCAUGACCGCGUCGUUUCUGCAACAAGAGCGCAGGAGACAAGAGGCUGAGCGCGAGCGUUCUGCCCGUGCGUCUACGAAGCCAAGUCAAGCCUCCGACGUCAGCAUGGACGACGUUGCCCAGUCAAUCGAAGAGACAGAAGAGCUUGCUGCGCGCAAGAACUCAGAAGCCGCCACUGCCCUCUUCGGCCACAUGGCUAGCUCCUCGUUCGAUUUCUCUGUGGAGAGCCCUGCUCUGAAGUCACAGGUGUUUCACCUGGAGAUGCCACCACCAGUAUUCAAGUCGCACGAGGUAAAACUCGAGAUUGCCGACAUUGACUGGAGUUGGUCAGACAUGCGCAGUCCGGAGAACAUCGAGCUUGACGAGCUCGAGGAGAUGUUUGGCGGCUAUUAGGCCGUCAGCAAACCAUCUCCUUCACCUACUUCUGCAUACGAUCUUGACGAUUUCCCUACGCAUCAUUUGUCUCAUCUACGGGCUAUGUUUUUAUUUAUUUCCUCUCAUCUAGUCACCUCUAUUCUCUCUCUUUCUAUCUCGCGGGCGCAUUGUUUAGUAGAUGGAUAUCUACAUCGAACGUUUGCGUUGCAUCAUACACUUUUAGCUGUUGGGAUACAGCGACGGAGUUCAGUGGAGGCACCCCACCUGCCAUGUGGGAGUCCUUAGGAUACUGUACGAUAGUUGUCGCUUUUGAGUGUAUGGGUCCGACGGUCUGAGACACAGGUUGUUACUCGGCGCGUGUAUGUUUACUAUGGAGUUUAUGUCGCGCUCUGUCGCGAGAAGGCUGCAAUCGACUUGUGCACAAGAUCAAACUGGAUCAUCUAGAUAAAAGUCACUCCAAAUUGGAAAAACAGUUGAUACUUUCACACCUACCAUUUUGCG